GCAAUUAACCCCUUUGGUCUUUUAGAUUGAAGUGGUAUGAAUAAGACGUGCACUAACUCGCUGCACUUUACCUGAAAUGUUUUCCAUUUCUGUUUAUUUUUACAGUUGUAAUGAUGACUGUUUACAUACCUCUUUAUCUUUGAAAUUACUGUGAUGGCAGAAAGGCUUUUAUCUGAGGGUUCUCUUUAGGGCAUCAGGCAUUAACUUUGUUUAAUGGUCAACAUGCUUAGGAGGAUGGGUUUGCCAACAAGUCACGGCUUAUGUCUUCGCUGAGGUGUGUGCAGUGCAGGUCAUCAGGGAUGAUGAAUGGUUGAUUGAUCUGGAGACCUGAACAUUCCUUCUAUGACAAAGCAAGAGCUUUGUCCAAAUAAUUAAUGUUGCUGAAAAGAGGGACAACAGCAACCCCCUCUGUUUUACAAACUCAGAUGGGGAAGCAAUCUCACUUCUUCACAUGCAGCAGUAUUGAGAUGGUUGGAUGACCAAUCUGAGUCUUGAGAAGUAAAACAGUAAAAAGUGGUGCUGUAUUUCAAAGAUACACAAAAUACCAUUACAAGAAGACAAAGGAUAUUAAUAGGCUAUGAGGCUAUCAAUAUGAGUGGCAUAAGAAAAAAUAAGAACAACCCUUGGAAGGUAUAUGAGAAGGAAACCCCCAGCAGCAUCAAAUGUUUCAACCAUAAACGGAAUUUGUGCUUUGAGGAGGAGCUGCGGUUGGAGCACCUGCACCUCCUCAAGGAAGCCUUCGCCAACCACGUUCCCCUGGAUUUUGGGUCCCCACUAAGGGUCAGCACCAAUGAACUGGCCGGCGGCCAUCAGCCGGUGAGUGGAUCCAGGAGGCAGGCAGGCAGCAUGAGCCUCGAGGAGUUCCAGGCUGCCUUAAGUGCCAUGCUGGGCUCAGAGCGCUGGGCUAGACAGACAGAGCAGCUGUUUAAUAAGGCAGAUGCUUCCUGUGAUGGGUUUGUGGACUGGGGCAAGUUCUGCACCUACAUGCUGCUGCGCUACAGGGAGAAGGACUACAGCGCACAGCCCAGAGAUGGCCUUCUGACAACCCAGCCUCUGAUCAGGCACUGCCAUUACAACAAGCAAGAGCCAAACACCUGUAUGCUGGCAGUGCCCCACCCGUCACCCCUGCGCUUCGUUAGUAUCAGCAGGGAAGGCAUCCUCACCAUCUGGAACAGAAACCUGCACCCACUAAAGUCACUGGAGCUCUCAGUGGACCCUGGCGAUGAAGGGGGCAACAAGAGAAGGCUCAGAUACUGGACCACUGAUGCUGUGUACAUGCCCAACAUCCACAAGAUUGCUGUGGCAACCACCAGCAGGGACUUACACUUCUUUGAUGUCUCUACAGGCAAUGUUUUUGAAGAGUUCGUCCUGUUUGGGAUAAAAAAUGUACCAACCUCUCUUUGCUACUGGUUUGACACUAAGUCUCCCGGAAAUCGCUCUGUACUGCUGUGGGGGGACGAUGAGGGGGGUGUGAGUUUGAUGUCGUUCCUGGACCCUCAAACAGGGCUGUUUGAGAUGCCCUUCAGUAAUGAAAAUGGCCCCCGCAGAAUCUUCAUGCAGGACAUUGGUGUACACAGCAGGCUGACUUCCUAUAAGCUCAUACCACUUAUACAUCAAGAGCCUAUCAAUAGGAUUGCUUAUGAGCCCCAUGCAGGCCUUAUCAUUACAUCAUCAGGAAGCGCCUCUACCUCAGCGGUCAUCAUAGAUGCUUCCCUGAAAAAGAAAUCCUACAUCUGGAAAAUCAACAGGGGUGUGAAAUGCUUUGACUUCUGCAAGUCUCGUACCCUGCUGGUGACAGCAGGCAUGGACUCAUUCGUUAGGCUGUGGAACCAGUACGUGACUAGCCGUCCAGUGGCUAUCCUGAGCGGACAUCACACCACUGUGCUGGAUGUGGCAAUCUAUGAACCCCUGGCACAGAUCUUCAGCUACUCCAUGGAUGCUGUGCUGAAGGUGUGGGACCUUGUGUCACAGCACUGUUUGAGGACCCUGCUGCUGAAGUUCCCCUGUGUGCAGGCGGGGCAUCCUCUGGAGCACGGAAACUUCCCUCUCCUGCUGCUGUCAGCCGCACCCCACGUGCUGCUGGUGUCCUGCCGGGACUACCUGGGCCUGCUGCACCUCCAGCACAGGGACACUGAGGGGGGAGAGCCCCUCACCCAUAGCACCCCUCUCACCGGGGCACUCUACAACCCCCUCUUCAAACAGGUGGUGACCGGGAGUGCCGGCUCCUCAGUGGCUGUGUGGGAUGUUGAGACGGGGACAAAAUGCCUGCAUGUGAGGAAUGCUCAUGGGCAGGAGGAGAUCACCUGCAUGGCCUUCGACACCUCACAACACCAACUUAUUACUGGGGCACGCAACGGCACCAUCAAGGUGUGGGACAUGCAUAAUGGAUGCAAUCUUCACAAGCUGGAGGCUGUUGCUGUGGCUGAAGUCACAGGGGUCGUCAGUCUCCCUGACAACAAGCUUUUGGCUGUGGGCUGGAGUCAACAGAUAGCUCAGUACAGCGUCACAAACCAUAAUGAUAUCUAUGUACAGGCAGACAUGUCCUGGAAGGCUGGUCAGCUGCACAAGGAUGAUAUCCUGGCUGUGGAUUACUGCCCGGCCCUGGGGCUUCUGGCUACUGGUAGCUUUGAUGGAGAGAUGAUCAUCUGGACCCUGAGCACUCAAAGACCCCUGCUCUACCUACAGAGAGCGCUGGACGCCAGGGCUCAUCCUGACUUUGUGGAGGACACCUCAGGGAAGACCAGCACUAAAGCAGGCCUGGUUCCUCCCAGCUCCUGCCAUGGUGGCAAACACGGCUCAGAGGAGGGGAGGCUGGCUCCAGUGGACCGGCUGCUGUUCCUGCAGCACCGAGCACGGGGAGGCCAGCGGAGGAGCAGGCCUCUCCUCAUCAGCUCCGCGGCGGGGCGCCUCAGCUGGUGGAGCGUCGCCGGGCCCGGGCGCAGACGCGGGUACUUUUAUGCCCCAGAGAGGGCCGAUGUGUCUGUACUGGGGCUGAGCUCUGACCAGGAGAACCAGCUCCUUGUUUCUGGGGACACGGCAGGCUCCGUGCAGGUGUGGGACAUCUCACAGUUCGCCCUGGAGGCAGGAGACCAGACAGGCCCAGACCGCCCCCCUCUCCUGCACAGUUGGAGAGCUCAUGUCAGCGCAGUGGUCAGUGUGGAGCUGCUCGUUUACAGCGAACAGCUCUUCCUCAUUAGUGCCUCCGCGGACCGGACCGCCCGUCUGUGGGCCAGUGACGGCCGCUAUGUGGGUCGGUUCGGGCAGGAGCAAAAGUGGAGUCUGUGUGAUCCGGCUACCUAUCGGCAUCCCAGAGACCCUUGGGGCCGACAAACAGCAGUUACAGAGGAUGAAGAUGAUGAGAAGGAGGAGGAGGUGGAGAUGGAGCGGGGCGUGACGAAGAGAUCCCGAGAGAACGCUUCGACAUCUGAUCAGGCCAGCUCAGGUCAGAGGGCAGGGGUGAUGAUCCAGAUGAAUGAAAGCUACAGAGAGGACAAGUCUCAACAGUGCACAGCAGGUGCAGGACUGUCGUCAUUUCCUCCAUUGGUCCCCAGGGAAACACAGACUGCUGUCCUGAACCCUUCAAACAGCCCUGGACACAAAGAACACACCAAGAUUGCACUGGGGCUGCAGGUGGAGAAGAAUCUGCAGAGAAAGCUAGCUGCCCGGCAAGAGUGCCGCAAAGCAUUUGGCCACAUCGACGUCAACAAGCUUUCCCGUACUGGCAAUAUCUGCACUCCAUUCCAAGCUCUGUCAAUGCAGGAGUGCCAGGAGGUGCCGUUUCCCAGCAGUUUACCCCUGACCCCUUGGAUGACAAGGCUGAAGGCAGUGAGGGAGGCUGAACUAGGUGUGCAGUCUCGGACCAGCCCCAGCUCAGAUGACCAGGGAGGAGACGUGGUUUGAGCUAGAUUACAGUGAGUCACCACUGACUGAUACUUGGGUGGGGACAGGGGAAUUGGGGUAAGGUAAGAUGGUUUGAGAAGAGGUUCGCUUACAGAAUCUCCGGUCACACAGCCUGACUCUACCCCAGAGAACAGGCAAGCUGUGCAGAACCUCUACAGGGCUCUCGUGUGAGGGCAGAAAGCAGGAAACAUCAUCCGCCUCAUCAUGUUCAUUAUACUGCAGCCUGAAGAGUGCCCCAAAAUGAGUGUUACAAUGAUUGAAGCUGAGUGAUGAUGCUGAGUGAAUACCUCUAAUUAGCUGAAUGAUCUGAAGACCCAUGUAUGUGUUCUGUGAGGAACAAUCAAAAGCCAUGUCAUUAAAUCUCACUGUGAAUAGUAAGGAUUAUUUCAUUAGAUUGUAAGACUCAAAUAAAUAAAAUGUGUGAACAA